AGAUUAACAGAGAGGGGGAGGGAGAGAGACAGAGCUGAGCGCAACUACUUGUCGCCAGCGCUGUGGAUGUCCACAGGAUUUUUGGAUACAAAAAACAAUAAUAACAAGCACAGAAUCGACAAGGGAAGCUGCUAAACAGGAGCAGCGAUGCGAUUGGUCAGCAUGGCGGGGGUGCGGCUCCGCAGGGCUGCCGAAGAGGAGGAGGAGGAGAGGGAGCCGCCGCCGCCGCCGCCCCCUCACUCCCACUCUCCCCCCUCCCAUCACUCCGUCCACCAGUUCAACAGCAUGAAGAACAAGUUCUACAAUGAGCUCACACACCUGCCAAAUCAUAAAAUCCAUUUGCCCAUGUGGGCCAUCGGUGCCAUCGUGGUCGUGGUCCUCGCCCUGGUCGGCUGCCUGUGCUUCUGCAUCUACAAGAAGUGCAUCAACAAGACCAAGAAGCCCAAGAAGGUCCGCGAGAGGAAGGGAGGACGAGGACGCAGGAAGAAGGAAAAGGAGGGAGAGGAGGAAGAGAACAAGGAAGGAGAGGAGAAGAAGGAGGAGGAAGAGAAAGAGAAUUUUGGCAAACUGGAGUACACACUGGACUACAACUUCACUGAUAACCAGCUGAUCGUGGGCAUCCUCCAGGCUCAGGACCUAGCUGCUAUGGAUAUUGGCGGGACAUCCGACCCUUACGUUAAAGUCUACAUGCUGCCGGACAAGAAGAAGAAAUUUGAGACCAAAGUCCAGCGCAAGAAUCUCUGCCCCGUCUUCAAUGAGACCUUCACCUUUAAGAUUCCCUAUAGUGAAUUGGGCGGGCAGACUCUGGUGCUGCAGGUUUUUGACUUUGACCGUUUCGGUAAACAUGACGUGAUCGGUGAGAUCAAGAUCCCCAUGAACAGCAUCGACCUGGGACAGCCGAUACAUGAGUGGAGGGAUCUAGUGGGAGGAGAGAAGGAGGAGCAAGAGAAGCUGGGUGACGUCUGCAUCUCCCUGCGUUACGUCCCCACGGCUGGUAAGCUGACUGUAAACAUCAUGGAGGCCAAGAAUCUGAAGAAAAUGGACGUAGGAGGACUGUCAGAUCCCUUCGUUAAAAUCGUGCUGCAGCACAAUGGGAAGCGUCUCAAGAAGAAAAAGACGUCAGUCAAACAAAACACGCUGAAUCCUUACUUCAAUGAGAGCUUCAGCUUCGAGAUCCCUUUCUCCCAGAUCCAGAAAGUCCAGUUGCUGAUCACCGUGUACGACUACGACAAGCUGGGCAGCAACGACCCCAUCGGCAAGUGCUGGAUCGGCUUUGGCGCCUCUGGAGUCGGGCUGCGCCAUUGGUCGGACAUGCUGGCCAAUCCGAGGCGCCCGGUGGCCCAGUGGCACACGCUGCUGCCAGAGGAGGAGGUGGACGCCGCCCUCAAGGCCCCCAUCCGCUAAACACACGCACACACACACACUACACACACAUACAUAAAGACAGGUGUGAAGGGAUUUCAUUCAUGAGGAAGCACAUCAGAUUGUUAAAGAGCAGCACUGCAGGUUGCAUAUAUUGAUUUCCUAACAUUAACAAUAACUGUAAAUGUGCUUCACUUUUAAGCAAAAAUCAUUUUAUAAUUCUCUCAAAAGGUGGAUAUGUCGUUUUCAAAUGAAGCUCUUUAUAUGUGUACAUAAAUCUGUGCAGUGCAUGUGCAUAUGGCAUGGAAUGCAGUUUGCUUACAAGCUAAACGUACACAUGCACAUUUGGUACAAGAACAAGUGCACACAGAAACACCCACUGGAGCCGAAUGCACAUAUUUGUGUGUUGGCACCCGCAUAGAAAUAACAGACAAAUGCAUGCACGUGUCCAUCCAACAUGUCCAUGCAUAUUAGCAAAUUUAGAUCUAAGCUGAGUGAAUUCACUGUGAAAUUAAUUGUAUAAUUACGGCAAACAAAGGAGACCAUGACUGGGUGACUCUUUUUCAUGGCAACAUAACAUUUUUCAGAAUAUUAGCUGGGGGGAAGUCCAUCUCAAUGGCAGGAGGCUAACAGUUAGCAUCUGGAGCAUCCAGCCAGUAUCCAGCACUCAGUAACAAUGAGAGGAAGAUAACACCACCACUGUGCUACAUAAGAGCAACAGACAAAGUAAAAAAAUAUAUAUUUUCUUCUAAGUGGGUGAACUACCCCUUUAAUUUCCCUUGAAAAACACAAUGUCAAAAGCAGAGCAGAAGCUGCUAAACUCUUGCAAUGAUUGUGUUUGUCUCUGGUUUGCAAAUAUCUUAAAAUUAACAUGGUAACCAUUUACUGCUUUGCAAAGCUGUUUAUCUAUUUGUCAUUUUUGAUUGUCAUUAUUUUACCUUUUCCAUUGUCUUUUUCUUUUUCUGUCUCUUUCUUUCUUUCUCACUUUCCCCCAAUUUCCAGUCUGAACUUGUUUUUUUCCCCCUCUUGCGUAGGAUUUAGUUGCAUGUUUUUACUGAUCAUCUCUUUGUGAUGUUUAUGAGCUCCUCUGUAUAUGUGUGCAUGUUUGAAUGAGAGGAGCUCUUUAUUGUGCGUGUGUGUGUGUGUGUAUUUAAUGGUGUGUGUAUGUGUGUGUUGUGCACCAUAGUAAAUGGAAGCUGUCAGUGGUUUACCUCUUGAAGCGUACAAUGUGACUGUACAUAAAUAGCUGAAUAAAUUAAACAUUUCCAAACACCAACAGA